UACUAGAUUCAUUCAUGUUACACACACACACACACACACAAAAAGAAAAAACAGAGAGAAGUUGUGAAAUAAAAAAGGUGCAAAAAUGGUGAUAGAGGAGGAAUUAAUAAGCAGCUGUGAGAGUGAGUGUGAGGGUGAAGAAGGUGGUGAGCCACUGCCUCUUCUAUCACUGAACCAUGUAUCUUUGUUAGUGAGAUCGGUGUGGACUUCUGUGCGCUUCUAUGAAGAUGUGUUGGGCUUUUUCCUCAUCAAACGCCCCUCUUCCUUUAAUUUCCAUGGAGCUUGGUUAUUCAAUUAUGGAAUUGGGAUACACUUGCUUGAAAAUGAGUCCAUUGAUGAGUACAACACCAUGAAUGAACCACGACCCAUCAAUCCCAAGGAUAACCACAUAUCCUUUCAAGUAAGAACUACUAUGGCGCUGUUUGGGAAGUGAUUUGGCCGGCUAUUAUAGCCUAAAAAAUUUUUUUAGCCAAAAAGCCAUUUUGCAAGUUUUUUCAAAAAAAAAAAAAAAAAAAAAAA